AUGGGUUCGACGCUGCACGUCCCCCGCGUCGAGCACAUUGGCUCGUUUCUGCGUCCCCAGCACCUCGUCCAGGUCCGCGCGGCGUUCGACCAGGGCCGGUGUAGCGCAGAAGAGCUCAAGGCAUGCGAGGACCAGGCCAUCUCGGAAGCCGUCCGGAUGCAGCUCGAUCUCGGCCUGCCCACGAUCACCGAUGGAGAGCUGCGAAGAGCCAUCUUCUAUGAAGGCGUCUUCGACAAGCUGUCUGGGCUCAAGGACGUCCCAAACGCCCCGCCACAUAUGUUUCAGCAGGGCAAUCUACGGCGCGACGUCCCGCUGUAUGGCGAUGCGUUCGACUCGCUGAAGCGGAUAGCCGGCCCCGAGAACGUGCACAAGCUCAAGGUCACCAUGGGCGCCCCAGAGUGGUUCCACUUCCGCCACGGAAAGUACACGUACGAACCAGGGGUGUACGCGAACGACGGGCAAUACUUUGCGGACGUCGCGCGAAUGUACCGCGAGGAGAUCAAGGACCUGUACGCGCGCGGCUGCCGUGCGGUCCAGAUCGACGACCCGGUGAUGGGCUGCUUCUGCGACGAGGACAUUCACCGGCGCAUGCGUGAGGCGGGCGUCGACCCCGCCCGCUUGCUGGACAUGUACCUCGGAGUCAUCAACGACUGCCUCCGCGAUCGCCCAAAGGGCAUGAUCGCGGGCCUGCACGUGUGUCGCGGAAACGUCAAGCCGGACAGGUCCGGCUUCGCCGUGGGCCCGUACGACUUCAUCGCGCAGGCGAUGUUCGAGAAAGUGGACGCGGACGUGUUCUACCUCGAGUACGACGACAUGCGCUCGGGAGGAUUCGGGCCCCUGCGGCACCUCCCUCGCGGCAGGUCCGUGGUGCUGGGGCUCGUGUCAAGCAAGACGCCGAAGCUGGAAGACGCGCAUGCGCUACGUGAGCGCAUCGAGGAGGCGGCGGACGCUGUCACGCGUGGGGGCGUGUACAAGACGCGCCAAGAGGCGUUGGCACAACUUUCGCUGAGCCCUCAGUGCGGAUUCUCGUCGAACUCCAAGGUUUCCUUCAUGGCACAUGAUGAUAUGGUGGCGAAGCUGGCGCUCGUUAGAGACGUCGCGCUUUCUAUCUGGGGGACCACCGACUAA